GAAUUGGUUGUUGCCUCAGCCUAUUGGUAUUUGGUAUUGGGUUUCCACUUUCCAGCAGGCCGCUAUCAAGAUUGAAGACGCCGCUACGAAAUUAAACAAUUUUCCAAACCGUGCUGAUCAUUAAAAACAGUUUAAUUUAAAUAUACGGGUAACAAGUGAUCGUUAUAAGUUUCAUAUUACUUAUCCAGAAUUAUAAAAAAAUAAACAUACUAAAGUCUAUGCAAAAUGCUUAAACUAAGACUAUUACCUCGAACAACUGGAAUUAUAAAACGAACUAUGUCUACUCAAGAACAAGACGUUUUAUUUGAGAAUCUCAAUAAUGCAGGCAUUAUUACUCUUAAUCGUCCUAAGGCUCUGAAUUCUCUUAAUACCUCUAUGGUAACAAAACUUUUACAGCAGCUAAGGGAUUGGGAAAAUAACAAAAGCCUGGUGAUUGUGAAAGGCGCAGGUGAAAAGGCUUUCUGUGCUGGUGGGGACGUAAAAUCGGCAAUAGAUAGAGUUGAGGGGCCGAGAUUCUUUCAUACUGAAUAUAAUGUAAAUUAUUUAAUUGGAAAAUAUAAGAUUCCAUACAUAGCAUUUAUAAAUGGGGUAACAAUGGGAGGCGGUGUAGGAGUAUCAGUGCAUGGAAGAUACAGAGUAGCUACAGAGAAGACUGUCGUAGCAAUGCCUGAAACAAAGAUUGGCUUAUUCCCAGAUGUAGGGGCAUCUUAUAUUCUACCAAGGCUACAGGUUAACUUAGGAAUGUAUUUGGGUCUCACAGGAGAUAGAUUAAAAGGCAAAGAUGUUGUCAAGGCUGGUAUUGCCACACAUUUUGUCUCUAGCAAGCGUUUGUAUGAGCUUGAGAAGCUCUUAUCUCGGUGUACCAAUGAUAAUGAAGUCCUGUCAUUACUGAACAAAUUUCAUGAACCAUCAGAAGAGUUUUCUUUAGCUGACAACAUAAAGCAUAUUAAUUACUGCUUUGCGGCAUCAACUGUUGAGGAAAUUAUUGAACGUCUUGAAAAAGUACAAAAUGACUGGUCUCUUAAGACAAUUCAGACACUUCGUCAGAUGUGUCCAGGAUCCCUGAAAAUAACUCUUCGAGCCCUGCAGCGUGGAGCCCAACUAGAGUUGCCACAGUGUCUAAAAAUGGAGUACCGUCUUGCUUGUCGAGCUACCGAGAACCAUGAUUUCCCGGAAGGUGUCCGCGCUCUGCUAAUAGACAAGGACAACAAACCCAAGUGGCAGCAUUCGUCCCUCUCUGACGUCGAUGAUGAUUACGUCGAAGAUUACUUUAAGAAACUUCCACAAGACAAAGAACUGCAAUUCUUUGACGCCAAACUGUAAACAAUUAAUUGUAUGUUUAUAGCGGCGAUAUAAUCUUAUUUUCUCGUCAUUUAUAAUGGAGCCAUACAUUAAUUAAAACGAACAUAUACUCUUUGAUUAAUCGACAAUAGCUAAACAUUUAUUAAUUUUUAAAUAUUCUUAAAGGUUUUUGUAAUAUUUUUUAUAACUAUUGAAGUGCCUUUAUGUACUUACAUGAAUAUGUUAAUACUUCCGAAUUGUAUUUAUAUUUUUUUAAGAGAACUAUUACCCUAUUUAGCCUGAAUCGUAAGAAAUCAAUAUUCUUAGCUAUAAGAAUUUGUUAUUGUUACAUAUAUAUUUUUUAUAACCAUAUUGGCUGUGUUUUGGUAAAGUUUCUAGUAUGUAUAUGAUACGAAAUGAAUUGCAUUUAUAUCGUAUAGUGGUGUUAUGAGUAUGUGGCCAUCGAAGACUGCCAUGUUUAUUAAAUGUUUCUAUCGAAA